GACCAGGUAGGGAGGACGAAGAGCAACUGAUGCUCAACUGGCCCGACAUGGAACCACCUAUCCACGUGAGAGACUCAGUUCAGCAGAUCGAUGCGGACUCAUGGCUCGUCGGAAGGAAGCACGUCCUCCGCCGCGCCCAAGGUCCAGCAGAGGGACCUUGCCUCUGGGUGAACCCCAGCAACACUUCGUAUUACACGCUCACCGACGCCCCAGUUCCCCAGCCUGCCACCACCCCGCUCUUCCCCGACGGACACGCCCGCCAGAUCCACGACGCGGGCGACAUAUCCGCCGUAUUCAGCUUCGCCAACGAGAUCAUCAUCAAGAUCAGGCUCGCCACCGCCUCAACCCGGCGAGAACCCGAAACCCUCGCGUUUCUCUCAAAACAGAAACUCAGCUUCGACAUCCCCACCGUCCUCUCCCACGCCGAACACGCCGGCAAGACCUACCUGAUCGAGCCCUUCGUCCCCGGCACGCGGCUCAACGAAGCGUGGUGGGACAUGACAGAGCAGGAAAAGGAACACGUCGUCACCCGCGUCGCGCAGGUCUGCGCCGACAUCAGGGUGUUCGAGUCCGACGCUUUCACUAACUCGGACGCCAACUGGAUGGACCCGCUGCGGGAAACGCCCGACGAUAGGGUGGGUGUCGUGCAGCAGCAGUGCGUGGCGCUGGGGAUGGACUGUUCGGUGUUUGUGCUGGCGCAUAACGACCUGGGGCCGACCAACAUUAUUGUUGAUGGGGACCGGGUGGUGGUGAUCGACUGGGAGAUGGCCGGGUAUGUGCCGUUGGAGUGGGUGCGGACCAAGUUUGCUAUCUGUGGUGUCUUCGGCGUGGAACGCGUGCACAGGCAACCUGAUGGCGAGUGUCCAGUGCGGGUUGAGCGGAAUGGUGAGUAUCCGAUGCGUGUUGAGAGGGGGCUGGGGGAGAUGGGGUUUCCGGAGGUCACUGCGGCGUAUAAGCGGAUGGAUGACAUGCGUGAAGUGGAAUGGAAGAAAAGCCGGCCGUGGCUUCAGUGAGGGGACAGCAUCAGAGGCUUCAGGGAACACACCCCCUUAUACUGCCAGUGACAUCCAAUACUACAACCCGCCCUCGAGACCUCCGGAGAAAAAGCCUUAGUAAGUGAAGGGAAGAUUCCUUCCUCGCUCCCAUAGACGCAAUUUAACUGAAGUUUCGCUCCAA